UUGCUAACGGCGUGACGCGCUUCCGGCGGCCGUAGGGAGGGCAGCAUGGCGGCAGCGGUGGGGCCUGAGGCCGAGGCCGAGUCGGUGGCGGCCGCGGCCGCGCCUGCGCCGGUGUCGGCGUCGUCGUUGCUGGCGCUGGAGCCGCGGCUGCAGCGCGAGUUCCAGCAGAAGGUGCAGCGGGUCCGCAACAACCGGGCGGCCCAGGAGGAGCUGACGCCGGGCGUGGUGUACGUGGGGCACCUCCCGCGGGGGCUCCGCGAGCCGCAGAUCUACGAGUAUUUCGAGCAGUUCGGGAGGGUGACGCGGCUCCGGCUCUCCCGCAGUAAGAAGACUGGAGGUAGCAAAGGCUAUGCGUUUAUAGAGUUCGAGUGCGAUGACGUGGCUAAGAUUGUUGCAGACACAAUGAACAACUACCUGUUUUCUGAAAGACUGCUUAAGUGUCAGUUCAUACCUCCUGAAAAGGUCCAUGAAAACCUCUUCAAAAACAGCAACAGGAUAUUUCUGAAGCCGUCUCAGCCCGCGGUCAGGCGGUACAAUAAGAUACGUUCCCUCGUUCAGAAGGCGAAGAUGACAAAGCGACUGCUGCGAAAGGAGAAGCUUUUGCGGAAGAGGCUGGCUGAAAAGGGGCUCGAUUAUGACUUCCCAGGAUUUGCUGCACAGAAGCUUUCCAUAAAGAGAAAUAAAGUUAAAAUGUCCAAGAAGUCAAAACUGAAUGCUUCUUUGAGCAGCCAGGAUCCUACUCCAGUCUGUACUCCAGCAGUGCUCGAGCGCCGGAGAGCUGCUCAGGUGGAUGAUGACGCAGAGGACAAUGAAAUAACGCUCCGACUGCCCCCUGCCAGUGUUAAGAGUGCUGUGCAGAGACAAAAGAAGCAGCCAAGAAAAACCAAACCUGAAGAAACAGAAAUAGACAUGAAAUUUUCAUGGCUACAGUCAUGUUUUUCCUUGACUCAAGAACCGGCAAGGCAGAGCUGCUAGUGGUUCUGCUGCCCUGGCUUGGUUUGUCUUGACCGGACUGUUUCAGCCUUUCCUAGGCAAGGGAUCUAUUCACAAACCCUCCCCCUCCUCUCCAGCCAUCAGUGGACCUACAGUUUUCUCUGCCUUUGAAGAUAUUCUUGCCUUUGUGCUCACAAGUGCCCAUAUUGUGACAUGCCUACAGUCACGCGAGAACCUUCAGUCAGUUCUGUAGCUUGUCCCUAGCGCUCACUGUUUGGAAAGAAAACGUGAGACUGUCCGUUCAGAACUUCCUGAUGCAGGCUGUAUCUUAAAUUUAUAAAUAAUGAUGGGUUAUAAAAGAAAAAAGUAGCGAUUUUUCAACUGUG